AUGAAAAUUGCUUUGGUGCUUAUGGUUUGUUUCUCGGCUUGUCUAAUGACAUGCCAGGCUCAAGCUGCUCAGCAAGUUGAGAAGCGUUUCAACGAUUUCUACAGUCUUCUAAGCAAAUAUCAACAACAGAAACGGUUCAAUAAUGAUUAUUACAAUAUGUUAAACCGCUACCAAGAACGACCAACAAAACGAUUCACCAAUGAUUUCUAUACGCUUCUCAACAAAUACCAAGAUGACGGAAAAAUGGACAAACGAUAUGGUGAGCUUUACAAUAUGCUUGCUCGCUAUCAAGGAGCUCCGACUUCAUGA